AUGGAGGAGAAAGUAAAAACCAUGCAGGAGAAAGUAAAAAUCCUAACCCUGGAGGAGAAAGUAAAAACCCUGGAAGAGAAAGUAAAAAUCCUAACCCUGGAGGAGAAAGUAAAAACCCUGGAGGAGAAAGUAAAAACCCUAACCCUGGAGGAGAAAGUAAAAACCCUGGAGGAGAAAGUAAAAACCCUGGAAGAGAAAGUUGAAAACCUGCAGAAAGAAAACAAAGAGUGUCGGGUGGCGUUUUCUGCAUCUCUGUUCACCUCAGGAUCAGGACACAUGGGACCCUUCAAAGGUGUAGAGCCUACCAUCAUCUACAAAAAGGUUCACACCAAUUUUGGAAACGGCUACAAUUCAGAGACAGGGAUCUUCACCGUCCCGGUGAGGGGCGUGUACUUCCUGAGGAUGUACGCCCACUCUCACACCGGGGUCCGCAUGGCCGUCAGGCUGACGAAGAACGGAGAGGAUCAGUGCUCCGUCUACUCUCACAUGCCCAGUUCCACCAACGGCAACGCCAGCAACGGCAUCGUCCUGAGUCUGGAGAAAGGGGACGAGAUCUACACCAAACUGUGGGACAACUCCUGGGUUUACGACGACCCGAACAGGUACACCAGUUUCGGAGGGUUCUUACUCUUCCCCCUGUGA